UCGGGUUGCUGCCCGGCUCCAUCGUCACUGUGGCUGAACGAGUGAAGAAAUCAUGAAUCAUCAGUGAGGGCCUGAAGUCGAAGCUGUGGUUGUUUUAAACAAGCGAUUUUAAGUGUUUCCCCCCCUGCUGCUCGCAGUGGCCUGACGCUACUUCAAAUAGCUGACAUUAAAGUCAAAUAUUUACUUUGUAUUGCGGUUGAAAAACGGUUGGCCUGAUUGUGCGGGCUUUGACGUUAGCUAACGUUAGCUUAAGCUACCGACCGCGGUUAGCGAACUGUUAAACUUGUUUAACGUUAAGUUGACACUUUUGUUUAAAAAAUAAAAGAAAAAAAAGAUGGCUGACAACGGAGCACACCCGACUGAAGUGGACCCAGCCGCGGCUUUCCUGGCUCAACAGGAGAGCGAGAUAGCGGGGAUAGAGAACGACGCGGGGGGAUUCGGGGCGCUGGAAGGAGCGGACGGCGAGCAGACGUCUCCGCCAGAGCCGACGCCGUCCAACUAUGACGGUUUCGAGGACGAGCUUGCCGCUGUCAAUGGGGAAAUGUAUCAGUCCUAUACGUUUUUAUUAGAAUGGAGUAAAUGUUUUAAUGUCCUCCAAAAGGAGUCCAAUGGCCCGACAGACAACUACGCCGCCAUCGCCCAGGUGGACACUCUGCGGCAGGAGCCGGAGAGUCUCCGGAAGUGGAGGGAGGAGCAGAAGACACGCCUUGAAGCGUUAGACUUAGCAUCCAAGGCAGCGGAGGCAGAGUGGAGAGACAAGGCCAAAAAGGAGCUGGAGGACUGGCACGUACAUCAAAGUGAGCAGAUGGAGAAGAACAAGGUCAACAACAGGAUCGCUGACAAGGCUUUCUACAAACAGCCUAAUUCUGAUGUUAUAGGCUUUGUGGCUUCAGAGGAGGAUUUUGUUGCAGAGAGCAACGGCGAAAGUCCCGGAACUGAAUGGGAGAGAGUAGCCCGUCUGUGUGACUUUAAUCCAAAAACCAACAAACAGGCAAAGGAUGUUUCUCGAAUGCGUUCUGUCCUCAUUUCUCUCAAACAAACACCUCUGGUCCGCUAGAGGGGGGCGCAAGGACAAUGUUGUUCUAGAAACAUUGCCUUUUGGGCUUUAACCUCACAAUGCAUCAGAAGAGUUUGUAUGACCUUUUCCAUAAAUUCCCUGGUGUUUUUUAUAUUCUCAAAACUUCCCGCCUUCCUCGAUGCCUAAUAUAUCGAAAUAAUAAACUUAAUCCCACUCUUGUGAGAAGAUGAAGGACCGCUCUAUUGUUAAGACAUCCUUAGGCUGGUCAGUUUUAUCACUGCUAUAUUUAAGAAAAUAUUGUUACUGUAAGUUAAACAAUUCACUUCCCUUUAUCUUAUAAAUUGUCAUUAGGUCAGUUUUUUUCUUGCAUCUGCCUAUGUUUUUGAUGCAUUUUAGUUUUAUGAAUUAGCAUUUUGGUCAAUGUCAAACACUUAUGCACUAUUGCUUAUUAGAUUGUAACCACUCAUGCCUCUCAAUGUAACGUUAUCAAGUCUUUCACAUGUGUUGUAUUAUACCCCCAAUUACCAUAGUGAGCAUAUUUUUCUCUUGUAAUUGCAUAAUUUGCGGCCUUUUUGAUAUGGCUCUUCAGCUCCAUUAUUGAGCAACAUGGAUUUCUUCUUCAAUUAGACAAGAUCUCAAAAAAAAAAAAAAAAACCAAAGACCUAAAUUUUCAGAGUUAACAAGAUUCAUAUUUGUGCGAUUUCUUUACAUAGGUUUUAUGUUAAAGAAUAAGCAAGUAGACAUUUAGAUUCUACAGUAAUCUAGGUGAUAAUUUGAACACUUACUCUGCACACUGUUUCACAUGUUGCCUAUUUGGACAUUGAGAAUACAGAAACAAGUGAAUGUUAAAGGAAAGUGGAAAAUAAAAACAGUGGAGUCUGA